UCCACGUAUCAACAUCAGAUGGUUCUAAAGGUCACGGAUCAGAACACGGAUGGGAAGAAAGCGGAUGGGAAAAACAAGAAACUGUUGAUGGAAAAAAAGUUGUAUCUAAACACGGAUAUUCAAAACACGGAUGGAAGAAAACUAGUGGUAAGUACCAAACUAGUCAAUGGUUUGAAUACUGGUGGAAUAAAUAUGAAUCUCAAGGUGCCGAUUGGUGGAAUAACUUUUAUACAAAAUACGCUUCCGAUUGCGGUGAUGGCGACAAAGAUUUAGAUUCCAGAUACAGUCAUAGCAAAUCAUGGUGGUCCACAUGGUGGAAAAACUAUGGUUAUAAAAAAACCUUUGAUUCAAGUGAUUGCGAUGAAAGUGGUUUUACCUCUUUCACAAAAUUCAAAACUACUCAAUGGUUUGAUUUUUGGUGGAAUAAAUAUGAAUCUCAAGGUGCCGAUUGGUGGAAUAACUUUUAUACAAAAUACGCUUCCGACUGCGGUGAUGGUGACAAAGAUUUAGACUCCAGAUACAGUCAUUCCAAAUCAUGGUGGUCCACAUGGUGGAAAAACUAUGGUUAUAAAAAAUCCUUCGAUUCAAGUGAUUGCGAUACAAGUGAAUUUGUCUAUAAAAAAUCUUCAUCUAAAUCAAGUGGAAAAUCCUUCUCACAUUCAUCAACCUCUAUUAAAGAAACAGUCACUAGUGAUGGUUGGUUUGAUUCUUGGUGGAAUUCAUGUGAAUCAAAAGACACUGAAUGGUGGGACAACUUUUAUACAAAAUACGCUUCUGAUAAUGAAGAUGGUAAAUAUUUAGACUCUAAAACUCAACAUACUAAAGAAUGGUGGUCAACCUGGUGGAAAAAUUAUGGCUAUAAGAAAACCUUUGAUGAUCAAGAUUGUGAAGAUUAUGAUAUAAAAAUAGAAGGUGGCGAUAAAUCCGAAGAAAAAUUUAGUGAAAAAUCUUCUGAAAGUUACAAAACUGAAUUCAAAAGUAGCAGUUUCUUUGAUGCCUGGUGGAGUAAAUUUGAAUCCGAAGACUCUCAAUGGUGGGAGACUUUCUGGCAAACAUACGCAAGUAAAAAUGAUGAUGGUAAAGAUUUAGAUUCUAAAACUCACCACACUAAAGAUUGGUGGUCAAGCUGGUGGAGUAAUUACGGCUGGGAUGAAGAUUUUGAUACUCAAUAUUGUGAUGAAUUUAAGAGUCUUGUUUCCACAAAAUCUGAAGAAAGUCACAAGUCUGAAGGAAGUUACAAGUCUGAAAAAGGUUCCAAUUCUGAAGGAAGUUACAAGUCUGAAGAAAGUCACCAUUCUGAAGAAAGUCACCAAUCUGAAGAAAGUCACCAAUCCUCAAGUUCCUCUGGAUCCUCCCACAAUCCUCCUCCUCAACAUCCCAUUAAACGCGAUGUCGUUAUUAAAAGAAUUUUAGGAUCUAAGAGUUUGAAAGCAAGAUCUUUAUAA